AAAGCCUACUGUUGUGGUAUUUCUGUAGGUGCGUUUUCUCAUUUGCUGGGUCUCAAGAGUAGCAUUCUCAGUGAAAGGAACAGUCGAACAGCCUGCAGCCUGGUGGCCAGGGCUCAGAGGUCUCUCUUCCUGUUACGUGCUCUCCCCAAGUCAGGCCUAGAAAGACCGUGGGACAGGGACACACUCCCAGCUCUGUGUUGAUGGGACAGUGCCGAAGGGUGCCUGGAGUAUGCACUGGCAGGUAGCAGGGUCACCUGCCCCAGAUUUGAGGUGGGAGGAGGUCAGGAAAGGCUUUCGCUGAGUGAGAGUAUAAAUGAGCUCUGAAGGACAGGAGCUGGCCGGGCAAAUGGGAGAGAGUGUGCUUCAGGCUCCAAGUGAGACAGGGUGGCGUGUUUUAAUUCCAGAAAUGAAAAACUGAAGUGUGUGUUGGGAGAGUUGGAAGGGAAAGAGGUCAGGAGGGAGGACCAGGGAGGGACAGGUUGUUCUGGCCUUUAUAAGUUUAUCACAAGAGCAUCAGGGAACAAUUGAGGGGGUUAAUUAGGAGAGUAGCUGGAUGGGAUUUGCACUUUAAAAAGAGCCUUCUAACCAAAUUGUGGAGGCGACUAAGGGGGAGGCCAGAGGCCAGGAAGCAGUUUUAGAGGCCGUAGGCAGUAUCUCAGGUGGAUCAUGGUGAUGAGGAUGGGGAGCCUGGGGAGAUUUGUCUAUGAGGUGGAAUCAUGAGGACUUGAUGAUUGGUUGGCGGUGAGGGGGAUAUUCAGGUUUUGUCCUGAUUGGAGAUGCCAGAAGAGAGGCUGCUUUAACCCAGGAUAUUCAUACAGCCCAUAGGCACUGAAGGUGUCCGUGAGCCAUGUGCCAGGCCUUGGUGUCUGCAGUUCAGUGGUGUAAACAGACAUGGCCCACCCUGGGGAGCCCUCGCAUACAUUGGGCUCAUGAUUAGUUAAUGGGUGAUGAGUGUUCCCAAAGAAGUUAGCCUCAUCUCAGGGGUCCAGAAAGGCCUCUCUGAGGAAAUGGCAUGCCUGUUACAUAAUGGCUCUUAAAUUAUGCUGGGAAAGUCAAACAGCCAGAGACCUGAAGGGUGAGGUCUUAGCUAGUGAAGAGAACAGAAAGAGCUGUAAGCAAGGAAAGACAGCUGCAGAGACUGAAGUUUUUCAAGGAUCUGGAAGAAGGCCUGUGGUGGCUGAGGGUGAGAAAGCUGGACAAAGAAUGGGCAAAGCUGUCGCUCAGUGCCCCAAGUGUCUGUGGCCAGCCCUAAUGGAAGACCCACAGAGGGCUGGAUGUACAGGUCUAACACGUGGAGCAGAGAUCUGGGCCAGACACAGCCUAUGAGUUGGCAGCCUGUGGAAGAUCCACAGACCAGCAUGGCUGCCACUGCUGCUGUGAGUCCCAGUGACUACCUGCAGCCUGCCGCCUCCACCACCCAGGACUCCCAGCCAUCUCCCUUAGCCCUGCUUGCUGCAACAUGUAGCAAAAUUGGCCCUCCAGCAGUUGAAGCUGCUGUGACACCUCCUGCUCCCCCACAGCCCACACCGCGGAAACUUGUCCCUAUCAAACCUGCCCCUCUCCCUCUCAGCCCCGGCAAGAAUAGCUUUGGAAUCUUGUCCUCCAAAGGAAAUAUACUUCAGAUUCAGGGGUCACAACUGAGCGCCUCCUAUCCUGGAGGGCAGCUGGUGUUCGCUAUCCAGAAUCCCACCAUGAUCAACAAAGGGACCCGAUCAAAUGCCAAUAUCCAGUACCAGGCGGUCCCUCAGAUUCAGGCAAGCAAUUCCCAAACCAUCCAAGUACAGCCCAAUCUCACCAACCAGAUCCAGAUCAUCCCUGGCACCAACCAAGCCAUCAUCACCCCCUCACCAUCCAGUCACAAGCCUGUCCCCAUCAAGCCAGCCCCCAUCCAGAAGUCGAGUACGACCACCACCCCCGUGCAGAGCGGGGCCAAUGUGGUGAAGUUGACAGGUGGGGGCGGCAAUGUGACGCUCACUCUGCCCGUCAACAACCUCGUGAACGCCAGUGACACCGGGGCCCCUACUCAGCUCCUCACUGAAAGCCCCCCAACCCCGCUGUCUAAGACUAACAAGAAAGCAAGGAAGAAGAGCCUUCCUGCCUCCCAGCCCCCUGUGGCUGUGGCUGAGCAGGUGGAGACGGUGCUGAUCGAGACCACCGCGGACAACAUCAUCCAGGCAGGAAAUAACCUGCUCAUUGUUCAGAGCCCUGGUGGGGGCCAGCCAGCUGUGGUCCAGCAGGUCCAGGUGGUGCCCCCCAAGGCCGAGCAGCAGCAGGUGGUGCAGAUCCCCCAGCAGGCUCUGCGGGUGGUGCAGGCGGCAUCUGCCACCCUCCCCACUGUCCCCCAGAAGCCCUCCCAGAACUUUCAGAUCCAGGCAGCUGAGCCGACACCUACUCAGGUCUACAUCCGCACGCCUUCCGGUGAGGUGCAGACAGUCCUUGUCCAGGACAGCCCCCCAGCAACAGCUGCAGCCACCUCUAACACCACCUGUAGCAGCCCUGCAUCCCGUGCUCCCCAUCUGAGUGGGACCAGCAAAAAGCACUCAGCUGCAAUUCUCCGAAAAGAGCGUCCCCUGCCAAAGAUUGCCCCAGCCGGGAGCAUCAUCAGCCUGAAUGCAGCCCAGUUGGCGGCAGCUGCCCAGGCAAUGCAGACCAUCAACAUCAAUGGUGUCCAGGUCCAAGGCGUGCCUGUCACCAUCACCAACACAGGCGGGCAGCAGCAGCUGACAGUGCAGAAUGUUUCUGGGAACAACCUGACCAUCAGUGGGCUGAGCCCCACCCAGAUCCAGCUGCAAAUGGAACAAGCCCUGGCCGGAGAGACCCAGCCCGGGGAGAAGCGGCGCCGCAUGGCCUGCACGUGUCCCAACUGCAAGGAUGGGGAGAAGAGGUCUGGAGAGCAGGGCAAGAAGAAGCACGUGUGCCACAUCCCCGACUGUGGCAAGACGUUCCGUAAGACGUCCUUGCUGCGUGCCCAUGUGCGCCUGCACACUGGCGAGCGGCCCUUUGUCUGCAACUGGUUCUUCUGUGGGAAGAGGUUCACACGGAGUGACGAGCUCCAACGGCAUGCUCGCACCCACACAGGGGACAAACGCUUCGAGUGCGCCCAGUGUCAGAAGCGCUUCAUGAGGAGUGACCACCUCACCAAGCAUUACAAGACCCACCUGGUCACGAAGAACUUGUAAGGCCAACUGUGGCGGGAGGCCCUGAAGAUGCAGUCCCCCCACCUGUGUCCUCCCUGGGCCCCUGGUGGAAAGGAGCCCUGUGGCUGCCUUGGGCCUGCCCUCAGCACCAGUCCUGUUCUGCAACUGUCCCCACAGGAAGGGGCUCUGUUCCCUGUAUUGUCCUCCUUCUGAAGCCCCUUGGCUCCGCCUUGGCCCUUCCCCUCACCACGAGCUCCCGGCCUGCCCAGACUGUGGACACUGGCCGUGCCCAAUGAGACGUUCUAAACCAGGACGCGUGGGAACCCUUAUUUCCAAAGGAAAAACAUGCAUUUCACUCCGUCGAGGAGCAAAGUGAGCCCCUACCCCCCACCCCGAUCCCCGCUCCCAACACUGCCGGAGUCGCGUCGUGCCAUGCCCCCUCUCCUGCACCUCCCUGGCCCUGCCGGCCACUGUGGACGCCCUGGGGCUCGGCACUCACCUCUGGAGAGACUCGGGGCCACCUCCACUCCAUGUGCCCAGCCCCGCCACAACCUCUCCUCCAGCACAUUCCAGCUCUAUUUAAAAAGUAAAGACACCCACCGACUCCUCCUGAUCCCCCUCUUUUUCUAUGGAGAACGUUGCCUUAUACUCUCUACUUCAGAUGAUGAACACUGUGUACUGUGUGUGCUUUAAAGAAGUUUUAUUUAAUUGCUCCCUUCUUCCUUUCCUUGUUAUUCACCUCCCUGAUGCCUGCUUUCAGUUGAGGGUUGGGGGCAAUGAUGAGCAUAUGAAUUUUUUCUCACUCUAGCAAUUCCCUUUUCUAAAUGACACAGCAUUUAAACUCAAAUCUGGAUUCAGAUAACAGCACCUGCACAUCCUGCACCUCCUCCCUCUCCCUUCACCUCACCCCUGCCCGGCCCAAGCUCUACUUGUGUACAGUAUAUAUUGUAUAAUAGACAAUUGUGUCUACUACGUGUUUAAAAACAUAUUGCUUGUUAUUUUUGAGGCUUUUAAAUUAAACAAAAAUCCAACUUUAUUUUUAGUUGUAACUGCUUGAGGUAUGUUUUAUGAAUUAAGUGACAGAUUUGUUAUCCUUUAUUAACGUACUUUGUUGGUCAGCACUGGGCUGACAAAAAUUUUUUCUUGCUAAUAAAUUUAGUUGCCUGAGGCAAAAUCUUCAA